GUCACAGCAGCAGCAGCAGCGGCACACUCUCCUCACUCACCUUCCUCUCGUACCGUCUCCAUCCGCAGACAUGGACCUGGAGCUGCUGGUGCACGCGGCGCUCUUGCUUCCCAUCCUCCGCGUGCUUGAGCACUAGUUCCCCCGGCACGAGACACCGAGCAGAAAAAGAAAGGAAGGAAGGAGAGUGUUUUUUAUCCACUGAGACUCGCUGAGACAUCACUUUAUAGGAGAAAGAGACUGAAAGAAGGAGAGGGGACCACACGGUCGUGACGGCAGAGGCCGUUUCAGGAUAUCGAGCUUCUUUUUUUGUGGUGUCCUCCAUCAUGGCGAGUGACUCUCCGGCUCGAAGUCUGGACGAAAUCGACCUGUCCGCUUUGAGGGACCCUGCUGGCAUCUUUGAGCUGGUUGAGCUGGUGGGAAAUGGCACAUAUGGGCAAGUGUACAAGGGUCGCCAUGUUAAGACCGGGCAGCUGGCAGCCAUCAAGGUCAUGGAUGUCACCGGGGAUGAGGAGGAGGAAAUCAAAGCAGAAAUCAACAUGCUUAAGAAGUACAGCCACCACCGCAACAUUGCCACCUACUACGGUGCAUUCGUCAAGAAAAACCCUCCCGGCAUGGACGACCAGCUAUGGCUGGUGAUGGAGUUCUGUGGAGCCGGCUCAGUCACGGACCUGAUCAAGAACACCAAGGGCAACUCUCUGAAGGAGGAGUGGACGGCUUACAUCUGCAGAGAGAUUCUCAGGGGUCUGACUCAUCUCCACCAGCACAAGGUCAUCCACAGAGACAUCAAGGGGCAGAAUGUCCUGCUGACAGAGAACGCAGAGGUCAAACUAGUGGACUUUGGAGUGUCAGCCCAGUUGGACAAAACAGUAAGCAGAAGGAACACAUUUAUUGGGACACCAUAUUGGAUGGCUCCAGAGGUUAUUGCCUGCGAUGAGAACCCUGACGCCACUUACGACUUCAAGAGCGACUUAUGGUCACUGGGAAUCACUGCAAUAGAGAUGGCUGAAGGAGCGCCACCUCUUUGUGACAUGCAUCCAAUGAGAGCCCUCUUCCUCAUUCCACGCAACCCUGCGCCCAGACUCAAGUCAAAGAAAUGGUCAAAGAAGUUCCAGUCAUUCAUAGAGAACUGUCUAGUGAAGAGCCAUGACAAGAGACCAAGCACAGAGCAGCUCCUAAAACACCCGUUCAUCAGAGACCUGCCCAACGAGAGGCAGGUCCGCAUCCAGCUGAAGGACCACAUUGACCGCACUAAGAAGAAGAGGGGAGAGAGAGAUGAGACAGAGUACGAGUACAGUGGAAGUGAAGAGGAGGAUGAAGAAAGAGACAUGGGUGAACCAAGCUCCAUCAUCAACAUCCCCGGAGAGUCCACCCUGAGGCGGGACUUCCUGCGCCUCCAGCUGGCCAAUAAGGAACGCUCUGAGGCACAGCGGCGGCAGCAGUUGGAGCAGCAGCAGAAUGAGGAGCACAAGCGCCUGCUGUUGGCUGAGAGACAAAAACGCAUCGAAGAGCAGAAGGAACAGAGGAGGCGACUAGAGGAGCAGCAGCAGCGAGAGCGAGAGCUGAGGAAGCAGCACGAGAGGGAACAGAGGAGGCGCUACGAGGAAAUGGACCAGCUCCGCAGAGAGGAGGAGAGGAGGCACGCAGAGAGAGAGCAGGAGUAUAUCCGUAGACAGCUGGAAGAGGAACAGAGGCAGUUAGAGAUCCUCCAGCAGCAACUACUACAGGAACAGGCAUUACUGCUGGAGUACAAGCGUAAGCAGAUAGAGGAGCAGCGGCAGGCAGAGCGCCUGCAGAGGCAGCUCCAGCAGGAAAGGGCCUACCUGGUGUCCCUACAACAGCAGCAGCAGCAACAACAGCAGGAGGGAAGGCAAGCAGAGAAGAAACAGCUUUACCACUACAAGGAUAUCAUCAAUCCUAAUGACAAGCCUGCCUGGGCUAAAGAGGUGGAGGAGCGAUCUAAGCUGAACAGACAGAGCUCUCCGGCGCUGCAGCACAAAGUGUCCAACCGCAUCUCCGACCCUUCCCUCCCUCCCCGCUCCGAGUCCUUCAGCAGCGGGGGCAUGCAGCCCGCAUGCACCCCACCCAUCCACCGCUCCAUCGAACCACAGAUGGCUCACCUCGUCCCAGUAAAAACCCACUCCAGCUCCAUGUCCGGCUCCCAGUCUCUUCAGGACCAGACAGGCUCUGCUCUGAGUGAGGGCAUCAGCGUAGGUUCCCCCAGGCCUGACAUGCCCCGCCAGAACUCGGACCCCACCUCUGACAUCCAAGGAGCCCCACUGCGGCUCGCAGGACGAGAAGAUCGAGACAGAGACAGGGAUCGGGAUCGGACAGCUUGGCUGAGAGAGGAGGAUAUUCCUCCCAAGGUCCCACAGAGGACAACGUCCAUCUCCCCGGCCUUGGUCAGGAAAAACUCCCCUAAUGGAGGAGUGGGCGUGGGCCCUCGUGGUGGAUCUCAGCUCAUACGGGCCAGCAACCCGGACCUGCGGCGCUCAGAGCUCUCUCUGGAUGCCAUGCUGCAAAGAACUUCCUCCAACUCAUCAUCCUCCUCUUCCCCUUCAUCUCAGGGAGGCUCAGCUGAGCGGAGAGGUCAAGCCAAGCAGGAAGGUUCCCCUCCUGGAGCCAAUAAGGAGGCAAAGCCUAAACAGGAGGAGGGCCGCGAAUCAGCCAGACCCAGCAGACCUGCUGACCUAAGUGCUUUGGCUAAAGAGCUCAGAGAAUUAAGGGUGGAGGAAGGCAGCAGACCUCCAGUCAAGGUGACAGACUACUCAUCCUCUAGUGAAGAUUCAGAGAGCAGCGAUGAGGAUGGGGAGACGGUGGGACAUGACGGGACAGUUGCUGUGAGCGACAUUCCCCGAAUCAUGCCAGCAGUGCAGAGCAGCAACGAGUCGUACGGAGGGCUGACCGAGGACUCUCUGGGAGAUGCCUAUAAUAGCUCCAAGGACAGCACUUUAGUGGUGAGAGAGGCAGAGGAGAGGAGGAGGGGUGGUCACACUGAGAGCAAUGGGUUUGGCAAUCACAGUAAUCAUGGUAACCUCCCUGACCUCGUGCAGCAGAGCAACUCUCCCUCUGCCACGCCCACUUCAGCCCUGCAGGAACUCGGGGACAUGGCUGAGUUUGGUGUAGGUGGCUCCAAAGCAUCCUUUACCCCAUUCGUUGAUCCACGAGUCUAUCAAACCUCCCCGAGUGAAGAUGACAAUGAGAACUCGGCAGCAGCCAUGUUUGCUAAUGAGCUGCUGAGGCAGGAGCAGGCACGAUUAAACGAAGCCAGAAAGAUCUCAGUGGUCAAUGUCAACCCCACUAACAUCAGACCUCACAGCGACACGCCAGAGAUACGCAAAUACAAGAAACGCUUCAACUCUGAGAUCCUUUGUGCAGCUCUUUGGGGUGUAAAUCUGCUGGUUGGGACGGAGAACGGUCUUAUGCUGCUAGACAGAAGUGGACAGGGAAAAGUCUAUAAUCUGAUCACAAGACGACGCUUCCUGCAGAUGGAUGUGCUGGAGGGGCUCAAUGUGCUAGUCACCAUAUCUGGGAAAAAGAAUAAGUUGCGUGUCUACUACUUGUCCUGGCUGAGGAACAGAAUAUUACACAACGACCCAGAAGUGGAGAAAAAGCAGGGUUGGAUUACGGUUGGGGAGCUGGAGGGCUGUGUGCAUUAUAAAGUUGUUAAAUAUGAGAGGAUUAAGUUUCUGGUGAUUGCUCUAAAGAACUCUGUGGAAAUCUACGCCUGGGCACCAAAACCCUACCACAAGUUCAUGGCCUUUAAGUCGUUCACCGAGUUGCAGCACCGCCCCCAGCUGGUCGACCUGACGGUGGAGGAAGGCCAGAGGUUGAAAGUCAUCUAUGGCUCCAGUGUGGGCUUCCAUGUCAUUGAUGUGGACUCGGGCAACCCUUAUGAUAUCUACAUCCCCUCACAUAUCCAGAGUCAGGUGACGCCUCAUGCCAUCGUGGUGCUUCCUAAGACGGAUGGAAUGGAGAUGCUGCUAUGUUACGAGGACGAGGGCGUCUACGUCAACACCUACGGUCGCAUCACCAAGGACGUGGUGCUACAGUGGGGAGAGAUGCCUACCUCUGUUGCCUAUAUCCAUUCAAAUCAGAUUAUGGGCUGGGGUGAGAAAGCCAUAGAGAUCCGCUCAGUGGAGACGGGUCAUCUGGAUGGAGUCUUUAUGCACAAGAGAGCUCAGAGGCUCAAAUUCCUUUGUGAGCGGAAUGACAAGGUUUUCUUUGCAUCGGUGCGUUCUGGUGGUAGCAGCCAAGUUUUCUUCAUGACCCUCAACAGAAACUCUAUGAUGAACUGGUGAUGGGUCGUACCACCGUCCACUCUGCCUCGCUCUCCCAUUGGCCGGCCUGGCGACACACCUCGGCCUCUACGCCACAUCUCACAAAGGAACCCAACUGACCGACCUAGAGGCCACAAGUGAACUCUUUUAACACCAGAGAGACUUAAAAAGUGUAGAAAAAAAGUUAUAGAGAAAAAUAACAAAGACUUGUUCUAAAUAGAGAGAAGUGUUACUCUAGAUUAUUCUGGGUCAUGCAGAAGCCAUCAACUGACUGGCAAACUGGUGCCACUGACUUUCCAAAUACUCCUACUUUCUGUCUCUGUCUCUUCUUUGUUUUGUGUUUCUUUUUUAAAAUCCUAUCCAUCUUGGUAGAUGUAGUUGCCACUUUUUCAAUCCUUUGACACCCAUUUCUCUCACUGUCUGUCUGCCGUGUGUAGGAGAAUUACAACUCAGACAUUUGGGGAGGAAAAGAUGAAUGAGAUUUGAUAUAAAUUUAAAUGUUUGCUUCUGAAAAUGACAGUGCAGGGAGGACAAAUCUAUUCCUGAUGGCAGACGGCCUGAUUGAUUUUCUAUCUCCCUCCUCCUCCUUCUCCAUCUCUGCCUCCUCUCGCUGUCUUUCUGAGUAAACUGAUUAAAUUCGAUGGCGGAUGGAGACGCCACGAGGAACUCUGCUGUCAAAGGCGGGUGUAACAGUAUGCAAAGAUGAUGUCUGUGUCCCUUUAAAGAUCAAAUCACUCUUCUGUCUUCUCCUUUCUUCCUCCUGUCAUCUUCAUCUCCACUCAUCCUCCCUGUUUUUAAACUCUGAAGGUGCUGCAUCAGAUUUACUGUAACAUUAAAAUGAACAAUGAACGCGUCAUUUUGUUCAUUUCUGUUUUUUCUUUCUCCGUGUGGCUGCGUCAGUCAGUCUUCGAAGCUUGAUGAAAUGUACAGCACAUCUGUGUCUAUGAAAUGAAGUGUGUGUGUUUACGUGUGAGCGUGUGUGUCAAUGUGGAUGUGUGUUUGGCUUAUUGUUGACGUCUAAAUCAAGUCUGAAUCAAAGUUGGAUUUCACGAACCAGUGUUUGGAAAAAGAGCUGAGUAGUUCAGUCUCACCUGGAGUGUGUUUACAUGCGGGUUUCUGAUUUAGAGUGAUGUUUAUGAGUUGUUGUAUUCGAACACCAGGCGUUUAAAAAAAUAGGCAAUAGCAGAGCGUAAUUUCCCAGAGUGCUUCUUUCAUUCUUUAACACCACAUUCAUAAAUGCAGCCUUGUCGCUGUAGGGAGUAAAUAUGCAUACAAACAUCGUAUCCUGAACACAACCUCAAAAGGAUACAAUACUGCGUGCAUGUGGGAGCACUCGUCGUGCUUUUUUUGAAUCAUGCUCCUCACUGUUUGUUUCAUCUGGCUCCCAACUGUUUGUACAGUGCCUAGCAUGAUGUAAGCAAAACUAAAACGGAGGCCAAAAGAUUAAUAUUUUUAUUACUUGUUCUUCUUUUGUGUAAUUAUCUCACUUUGCUGAUGAUGUUUUUGUCUCAUUUAAAGGAGAUAUGCAUUAACAAAUCAGGAUGAUAAAACCUUGCCGAGAGAGCUGCAGGAAUGAUAUAUUUUUGUAGGCCAAACAGGAAGUGAGCAUCGCGCCGGUUCCAUCAACAAAGCGCCUAUGGGAUUUUUUUAUUAAAUCUGAAUAUAGGCCCUGUGACAAAAAAAUCUUCACAAAUACCAUCUGCUGAGGUAUAAAGCUAAAAUUAGGCUAGAAAUUUUAGACUGGAUGCGUUGCGUCUGUGUAGCUUCUGUGUAGCCGUCACGGGUUGAUUUUCAUUUCAUUAUGUAUGUCUACAAGUCAGGGCUUGAGUGCCAGGUCUCUUGCACUGAGAAUCUUGAGAAUAGAAGGGAAAAUAGACAGGGAAAUAAUAGAUAGAGAGCCAUAUUUACCUUGCUUUAUCAGAUAUGUAAGUCCACAUCCAUCACAUGCAAGAAAAGCACAGUUAGGUUAAAGUCUGGCAUUUAUGUGGAGAAACUCAUCUUGUUUAAAAAGAAGGCUUCUAUUUUGAACUUUCCUGGCUCAGUAAGGCUGGUCACACACUAAAUUAUUUAAAAAAAACAAUUUAAAAUGUGGGGUACUGCAGAUAUAAGGACAGUUCAGUAGUGAACACUCUUGUCAUAUAUUUAACUAUUUUAUUGCAAAAUGGAUGUACAGUUUUUCUUGGCUCUGCUCAAAAGAUGCUCCCUGGGUUUGGCAAGCAGCAUGCUGUGACUUUGUGAUUUAUAUGCAUGUCAUUGGGGUCAUGUGACUGCAAAGUCACGCAGCAAACUCGCACCCAGUCUGAAAUCGGUGUAAGCUAACCAACUUUGAUUUUGCACUCUUAACUGAAUAAAACAAUUCUCGGUGCGAUUAGAAAUUGCAAAGUUUGAGUAAGAGUAGUGUUAGCACAAACCAGGCAUAAGGCAAAAGACAAGUGAGAGGAGUUUACUUUUCCAGAGUGGUGAUGUUUACUUUCCCCAGAAAACUCUUGGCUCCUAUUUAGCCUCUUGUUAGCAAACAGACUUCUGUAGGACAGGAAAAAGCUUCAUAAUUCCCCUUUGGGCACUUCCAGGUGUAUUUUAUGUUGUAGAAAUUCUCCUAAGCGUGUGUUUACUACUUUACUCAUUAAAAAAUCCCAUAGACUUCAAGACGAUGGAAGCGGACGUGCUACAAUGCAAACAUGUUUCAAGAUUUUAGGACUCAUUGCUGCAGCACUGUUUUAUUUUUAAAUAUUAGCACAGAUCAAUCCUUAAUUAAUAUUGUAUUUAAAUAAUAACACUACUGAGAGUGUAGUUGAUGCAUAGUUGGAGAGCACUGUAAAGCAGACACUGUAGAUUUGGUUAACAAACACAAGACUUAUUUCCACAAUUCUGUUAAAUUAUUAAAGUUUUAUAUUUUCAAGGUUUUUUUUUUCUUUUUUUACACAUCCAUACAGUAGCUGUUCCCGUGCAGGAUCUGUCACAGGGCACGGGCUAACAUUUUAGCAAUAAAGAGCCGAGCUGAAGAAAAAAAACACCGUCUUCCCUGUGUUUGUCUGUGUCUAUUGGUGUGCACGCAUGCAACUCAAGAGCAGAAGUGUGAAUGGGGCAUUAUGACAAUGUUUGUCCAUUGUGGAUUUCACUCCUCCCGUGGGAAAACGCAGACAGGUUGGACUCUCCUUUCAAAGAUGAUAAAAAAAUGACCACUGUAUUCUUUUUUCCAUUUGUUUCUUUAUUUUAAAAGAGCAUUACUAAUGUCCUGUUUGGGGAUUUAUUUGUUUUGUAAAAGAGAUGCUGUA